GGAAAACUACGAAGGUCAACAAUCAGAUUUUUGGGAAAUAAGCCUUAAAGUUAAACUCAAGUAUCAAAUUGGAAUAUAAUCUUAAGUAUUAAAUUGACCAUUCAAAUUAAAUUUAGGUAGCAAGUGAUAUAUUAACCCAAGAAUAAAAAUGAAAAGGCGAGAGAAGUUGAUCAUAUAGGUUUUGAGAAGCGCGAAAUCGUCUUUCAUCUAGAGGUCGUGGGUUUUUCUCGUCCUUAAAGCUCAUCUUCUAAUUUGGUGCCAUCUUUGGAUCUCUCACUUUUCUACCUUUCAGAUUUCGUGACGGAUAGGAGAUAUCUUUAUUUUUGCAACUGGGUAAUCCUGGUUUAUUUGGUCUUUUGAUCCAACGGCUAAGAGGGCCCUUUUUAGAAUUUUCCCUAAUACGACGACUGCAAUUUUUUUUUAAUAGAAGAGGAAAUUUUCAUUACAGCAACUGGUCCAGGCCUUUUCGUUCGUCUUUACAAUACUUCCCUCCGUUUGAGCACUUCCAGAUCUGAAGAAAAAUGCCUCCCGCCGCUCCUCGAUCCGGAGAUGCGAUCUUCGCCAGUGUAGAACGCGUGAAUGCAGAACUAUUCACUUUGACUUAUGGAGCAAUAGUGCGUCAAUUGCUUACUGACUUGGAGGAGGUUGAGGAGGUUAACAAACAGCUUGAUCAAAUGGGCUAUAAUAUAGGAAUUAGACUAAUUGAUGAGUUUCUAGCAAAAUCAAAUGUGUCCAGAUGUGUUGACUUUAAGGAGACAGCGGAAAUGAUUGCAAAGGUGGGUUUCAAAAUGUUCCUUGGGGUCACUGCAUCUGUCAUGAACUGGGAUGCUGAUGGCACUUGUUGCAGCAUUGUUUUGGAGGAUAAUCCCCUUGUGGACUUUGUAGAGCUUCCUGAUACUUGUCAAGGCCUCUACUAUUGCAACAUUUUAAGUGGUGUCAUAAGAGGAGCCCUAGAGAUGGUGGCAAUGAAGACGGAAGUCACCUGGAUUCGUGAUAUGCUUAGAGGAGAUGAUGCAUAUGAGUUGCAGGUUAAACUUUUGAAGCAAGUUCCAGAAGAGUAUCCUUACAAGGAUGAUGAAUAACAUGCCUUACUUACCUCUAUUAACGGCCUUGCGCACUUGCCAAUGUUCUAUUUCCAUUGUUUUUCUGUUGCUGAAGAACAUUAAUAUACGUUUUGUAUGUCAUCUUGACCACAAUGUAUCUUCCAUUUUCAUUUAGGGUUUAUAUGAUCUAUACUCCGAAGUUAUUAAUGUUAUUAAUCCUGCACAUCAGUAGUGAUGGCAAAUGGGUGGAUUGGAUUGGAUUUUUUUAUGGACCCUUUGGGUCAGGUUAUUCUAAGUUUGAGUAUUUUGAUUUUGAAUUAUCUCAAGUAUGGAUUAUUUUACACCUUCAAA